AGUAGUGGUCUUGAUUGCAUGGCGUUAGCGUUUGUCAAUGACUAAAGUGAGAGAGGCAAGUGUGAGUCUGGGUAGCUCAUUUCUCUCGAAUCAACAAUGUUGCAGCACACCACACCCUCCUCCUCCUACCUUCAUUCAACAACUCUUCUUUCUUCUUCUCCUGCUAUUCCUUCUUCCCCUUUCUAUCAGCCAUGUUUACUUUUCCACCAUCAAUUCCACACUCAACGUCUCCGCUUAACCAAGUUCACUCGCCAUACCAAUUUUUCAUUAAGACCCAAGGCACUGAAGGUGAUAAAUUGCUCCACCAGCGACAGCGAGGCAUUGAAGGUUAUGAUAUCAGGUGCACCUGCAUCUGGCAAGGGAACACAAUGUGAAUUGAUUGUUUGUAAGUAUGGAUUGGUGCACAUAUCCACAGGGGACUUGCUAAGAGCCGAAGUAGCAGCUGGCACAGAAAUAGGAAAUAAAGCAAAAGAGUUCAUGAACGCUGGUCACUUGGUUCCCGAUGAAAUUGUGACAGCUAUGGUGGCAGCGCGAUUGUCUUGCAAAGAUGUAAAGCAAAAAGGGUGGCUUCUUGACGGUUACCCUCGGAGUUCAGCCCAAGCUGAGAGUCUGGAGAAAAUGCAGAUACGACCUGAUGUGUAUAUCAUAUUAGAUGUUCCUGAUGAAAUUCUGAUCGACAGAUGUGUUGGUAGAAGGCUAGAUCCAGUAACUGGGAAGAUAUAUCAUCAGAACUUUUUUCCACCAGAGACUGAAGAAAUCAAAGCAAGGCUGGUAACUCGUCCUGAUGACACCGAAGAAAAAGUUAUAUCACGCCUAAACAUAUAUAAGAAAAAUGCAGAAGCAGUAUCUUCCUCUUACUCAAGCAUAACAAAUAAGAUUGAUGGCAGCCGUCCUAAAGAAGAAGUUUUUAAAGAUGUUGAAUCUUUAUUAUCUCAAUUGCAACAGGAUAAAGUGAAAAUAGUGAAAGCAGGAGAAAAUCCAAUUCUUGAUAUGAAAAAGGGGCGAGCAUCUUUGAUCCAGGAUAAGUGGAGAGGGAUUCCUACUAGACUAAAUAACAUUCCCCAUUCUCGAGAAAUCCGGAAAUAUUUCUAUGACGAUGUGCUACUAGCUACACAGAGGGCCAUUAAUGAUGGAAAAACUAGGUUGAAGGUUGACAUCAACAUUCCUGAGCUGAACCCAGAAAUGGAUGUUUAUCGAAUUGGUACUUUGAUGGAACUUACUCGAGAUCUUGCACUUUCUUUUGCUGAUGAUGGAAAACGUGUAAAGGUUUGUGUACAAGGGUCAAUGGGAGAAGGUGCUCUUUCUGGAAUGCCAUUGCAGCUUGCUGGAAGUCGAAAGAUUUUAGAGUUCAUGGAUUGGGGUGAUUAUGGCGCAAAAGGAACCUUCAUCAACAUUGGUUCUAUAGGUGCGGCAGAGGUUGAAGAGCAAGAUGACAUCUAUAUCUUGGUGGCUCCUCAAAAUGCUGUAGGGAAUUGUAUUAUUGAUGAUUUAAGAGCGAUGACCAGUGCUGCCGAACAUAGACCAGUUAUUCUAAUCAAUGCUAGGCUUAAGGAUUUACCUGCUUCUAGUGGUAUUAUGCAAACGAUGGGGCGAGACCAAAGACUCAAGUAUGCAGCAUCAUUUGAAAGUUGCUAUUUCUUUCGGCUUCUCUAUUAUGCAGGAACUCAGUAUCCCAUAAUGGGAGCUCUUAGGAUGUCUUAUCCAUACCGUUAUGACCUGUACAAGAGAGUAGAUGAGUCACCUGGAAAAGAGAAGUAUAUAAUUUUGUCUACCUUUUCUCAAAGGCCUACGGUGGAUGAAAUUAACGAUGCCUUUGAAGGAAAACCAAGGAAUAAAACCGGGAAAACCUCAGGGAUUUGGAGCUUUUUGAGUGGCAUAUUUUGAGCAUACUUGAAGUCUCAAAGUCUUUUCUAUAUUACCAUAAUUGAAGAAUUGUGACAAUUUCCCGUGUUAUUAUGCCCAAGUCAGUCACAGCUUUUAGUACAACUUACUGGUGGUGGAACAUCUUGAGUGAUUCAAAACAAGAUGGAAGAAGUUUGUUUAAAAACAAACAAUUUUAUCAAUAAUUAUUAUGGGCCUCACAUGAUAGCAAUUGUAUUGACUUCUCGAUUAAUGUUGUGACUACAAAGCAGUUGCUAAUAUCUAGUGGUUGCUGAAGAGAAGCAUACUGUCAUUAAUUAUAAGCUUUUACCAAAAGAAGUUAUCCCUAAUUCUUAUUUUAAAUUA